AUGGCUGCUCAGAAGCAGCUACGCCAACGCGGAUUUCACUUACCCGAAUCGAUCAUCCUGGAUCGCAAGUUUCGCGCCAUUUGGGUGGCACUGAAAGCCCACCCCCUCUGCGACGGAUGGGUGCAUGUGUCCGACGCCGACCUACUCAAACUCAAGGACUGGACCGCGUCGUGCCUCGACACCAUCUUCGGGGCAUGUAUCAGCGUCAUCGAGCCUCGUCUCGCCAUCGACCACGGCGCUCCACUGCCGGACGAGUGGCUCGCGUGCCAAAUCAUUGACACCCUGGUUCAGACGGAGCCCAGGUGGAAGGUACUCAGCUUUUUCACAGACAAUGCCAGUGAUCCGAGCAAUUUCGUUUGGUUUCUCUAUAUCUACAUCGACGGUCGGGAGGCGUACAUCAAGGAUGGAAACAACGAUCCUGGAAACUUGUCGAAAUGCGAAGCAGCGCUUCUGUCGACUGUCGACAGACUCCUUUUGUUGUUCAAACGCAGACAGGAAACCUAUGACGCGUGGUGCAAGGCCACUUGCCCGCCCAGCCAGAGAGAUGCAUCCAGCAAAGCCGCUGCAUCUCGCGGCAAGACCCAAUGCAACGGGUUGACCCCUAACACAGAUGCUCAGCCAAGCACUCGUGACGCAAACAGAAAAGGCGAGUCCGAGAUUGAACGGCUGGAUUCUGAUGUCAAGCAUGUGCAAAAACAGCUCCAAGAACUCAAGUCCACUGUGGAAACGCGCUUCGAACAAGUCGCUCUCAAAAUCGACGCGCAAGCAGGGUUCGCCAAAGACGCCACGAAUAGACAAGCGCUGACUACGUCGUCGAGUAUCAAUGAAUUGACGGCGAAAAACAACGACGAGCUCAACUCAGUUGCUGCCGCUUGUUCGCAAAUGACUAAAGCCAUGACCACACUGAUUGCCAAGCUCGAUCGCCAGGAAGAGAAGAUGGAUGAAUUCAAGACUCGAGCCAACGCUCGGGAGGGUAAAGCCUGCAUCAGCAAGGAGACGCAAAUAUUGAAAGCUGCCAUGGACAAGACGACUCAGACGACCGGGGCUGACAUCGACGAGGAGAAUCAAAUCAUCGAUCUUGAGGAACAUUUUCAGCGCGAGCUACAGAAUGCAGCUGCAACACGGCAAGAUUUUCAGCAAGUGUGCAAGACUGCCUCUCAUUUUGGGCCUUCUCCAGCCGAGGACACUCACCGUUCGGUCCGGCACGAUGUCUGCAGCAAGACGGAUUUUCCCGAGAAUCCUCCUCUUGUCGUGCUUUCUGCGAGCGUCGAUUCUAUCGAGAAAACGCAAGACCAGGCUACCCACACCAAAACUACUGUCGAAACAGUUCCUGCGAAAAUUGCAUCGGCCAAACCCCAUACACCCGAAAAGCAAGAUAUGGCAAUGAAACAAGAGAAUGUGGCAGCUCUUGUAGACAUCUCAGACAGCGCGCCAGAGCCACUUGACAAGGCCGUCCAGGAUAUCCUGGACCUGGAAAAGAUCAUGGCCUCGUUUUCUGUUUGA